CCUGUCUGAGAGUGGGACCUAUCGAUAAGAGCUCUAAAAUUCCAUGUGCACAGUGAACCUUCUGAACAACGAUAUGAUGCAUACUCGCUCCGGCCCAACUUCCAUGACGGCAACAUGGAUGGCAAACAACCUUUGCCCGCCGGGAAGGGCCCGGAGUCGAGAAAACGCAAAGAAUCCCCCGCCUUGAUCAAAGAGGUCAAGUCCCGACCGCAAGAUGGUGGGCGGGCGGCAUCGGCAGCGGCCACGACGGCGUCAACGGGACGCGCUGCGAAACGCGUCAAAUUCCAAGAUGCGCGAAACAUCCGCACGCAGCCGUCAGACGCCGCGCUUGAAGAUGGCAAGCUCGACCUGCAGAAAUUCCUCAACGCCCGCGAGUUCGAGAUCAAGGCGCUCGAGAGCAGCAUGCGCAAGUGCAAGGCCGCCAAUGCCACCCGCGUGUUUCAAUCAGUGCCCCGCGCCAUGCGGAGGAGGACGGCCAGCCACAACGCCAAGAGGGUGCCCAAGAGACUGCGCGAGCGAGCGAGGAGGGAGAUGAUCGAGGACAACACCCCGACCGUCGAGGCACGGAAGCGCCGGCCCCGAACCACCCGCGCCCGCCUCCGUGCCGAGACGGCCAAGCGACUCGGCCUUCUGGCUGCACGGAAGAGGAAGAAGAAGAAGCAGCAGCUCGAAAAAGCUGCCGCCGAGGGUGCCUCCAUGUCCGAAGAAAGUGCGAAACCAAAAGUGCACACGAGGCCGGCGAGGCCCAAGAUCCGACGCGACAUGUUGAACGAGCCGCCAAGGGCCGAGUCGAAAUUCAGGAAGAGACAAAUCAACAAGACGUGGCUUCCCACACACCUAUGGCACGCGAAGCGGGCCAAGAUGACGGAACCGAGCAAGCCGCUGUGGAGGUUCGCUAUUCCGCUCACCCCAACCGAGAAAUGCUAUCGGCCAACUCAUCGCGCCUCUGGGCAAAAGGGCGUUGUGGUCUGGGAUACGAGUUACAUGAGCACAAUCGGCUUGUAUGGAGCGGCCGAGGGAGUCGAGCGCGUCUUGCGGGCGCUGGGCUUGACCCAAGAAGGCCUCUGGGCCGCGCUUGGCCAGAAGUGGCGGGCCGGCGUUCGGAAGUGGAGUGGGAUGCUCAGCAAGCAGACGAAGGACUCGAGGCGCGACAUUGGGCCUGCCACCAUCAUCUGGAAUCCCCAAGCACCGGAUGCGGAGGACGCCGCCGCUGACUCGAGCCAUGCGAAGAAACCGCAGAGGCAAUUGCUCAUCCGCACUCACCCGUCCUGUUUUCUCGAGCUGUUCCAAGAGCUUCUCAAACUGGUCCGGAUGCAGACGCCCCGACUGCACAUCGAAGAUUUGCGCUUCGAAGUCGGAAGUAUCGAGCUUACCGGGCCUGGCUCUACCGAGACUCUCUUAGGCGUCCUGCAGCCGUGGUACGACAAGCCAGGAAACGAGGACCGCCACGGUCAGGUUUUCAAGUCGCUCGUUGGCAUCACAAACCCGGCAUCGCUUCCCAAGGAUGCUCUUCUCGCCUUCUCGGUCAAAGACCCUCGGCUGGCUUACCCGCCACGGACCGUCGACAUCCCGAGCGGGGGCGCAAAUGCCGCGCUUGUCGAGACCAUCACGAAUUGGCCCGUUGAAGAAACGCUGAAGCCUUUCGGGAUCUUCAGUCGGGAUGCUCGAUUCCAAGCCUCGAGGUUACCGUCCCAGAAGGCUAUCAACCGUCGAAAGGGGGCCGGCGCGCCCGGCGAGCCGCUACAAGUGACACCAUCCGACCCUCCAAUUCCGAUUAUGCUGCUCGCCUCAAGGUCGCCUGCUGGUGGACAAGCGCAGGGCACGUGGACCUUGCUGGCCCCUUGGAAGUGCAUCAUGCCCAUCUGGUAUACUAUGAUGCACUACCCCCUUUCCACCGGCGGCAACCCGCGCCUUGGGGGUUUGGAUGAGCAGAGGCAAAUCGCAUUCGAGCACGGGUCCCCGUGGUUUCCUGGGGACUUCCCCGCCAGCGACGCAGGGCUAAGCUGGGAGCUCGAGCAGCGGGCCAAGAGGAAGCGGGAUUGGGAUCGUCGCCCUAAAGGGAAGAGGGUCGAAUGGGGCUCUCUGGACCUGGGCGCUGGCCGAAAGGGCGAGAUCGGGGACGGCCUGGCCUGUGAUUUCGAGCAUUUGUUUGCGCUUUCUGCGGGAGAGCCUGCGAACCCUCAGGGGAUCGACUCGUCGAUCGCGGAUGCGCCCGAACCGAUGGAUAUUGAUCUCCCGGAACCAUCGGAAGGGACUCAGGCACGAAGCAAGACUGGAUCUUCUGCGCCGGCCUUGAGGCUGAUUCAACGGUUGACGAAGGAGGCCUUCGCGUCGCUUCUCACCUCAUCGGAUCCUGGAAAGCCGCCCGCGAACUCCAUCGUCGCAAUCAAUUUAACCUUUGUCACGAGAGGCGUCGCAAACACCUGCGCCAGGAUCUACCGGCUGCCUUCCCGGAAGAAGUCCAGGAUCGCCGAGCCUUCGGAAGAUGCCGAGGUGCUUGCUACGGACCCUGUCUCGACGAGCCCGGGGCCCCUGCUGCCUCCAGAUCUCAGAGAUCAGUGGCUUCGGAAGCUACCCAGCCCCAGCAGCGACAGGGGCCGCCGCGCGAGAGCCCGAUUGGCUGCGCCCCCACACGCGCCCCCGGGCAUCGACAUGGAGACGCGCAAAAAGCUGCUGGCGCAAUCUCUCGUCGGGACCGAGCUCCCCUAUCCCAGGCCCCCCGCCAACCAGCUCGACAUCGGCGGCCACCACCCUCUGUGCCCGGGCGAGGAGGACCUGAUCGGCUUUGUCACGACGGGCGCGUUCAGCCUGAGCGAAGGCAGAGGCACCGCGGUUGGCUCCAUCUCGGCGCAGAGGGCGCUCGAGGCGCUGCGGGAGGGGGGCGCGAGAGAAGGCAAACUCUGCAUUGUGCGGAACGCGGGCGAGAGCGUGGGCUGGUUGGCGAGGUGGGAGCUUGUUUGAUCGGGUGGUUUGAUGACUGAAUGCUGAAUAACUAUUGCAACUUUUGUU